AUGUCCUCCUCAACCGACACAAUUCCCCCGACAUUCGACAUAGAACUCGCCAACAUAGCUUCCUCUUCAUCGGCGCGACCUGCGCUUUUUGAUUCCGAAGAUCGAGAGCCCUUACUUCCUCGACCAACUAUCCCGCCUCAGUCUGCUCUUUUGGAUCUUGAAGAGCCUUGUUUGAGUGACCUAGCCUUUGCCUGGAUCUUCUCUCUGUUGCCUCUUCGUCUCCAGGAACAGUUUAUUGCAAUUAUGGCUCGCUUCAGAGGAAGCAAGGCUUCCCGCCUGCUCGACAAGCUACAGACCGAGUCUGAGCCAGGCCUCACCAAUGCACAGCUCAUGCUGACCAACUUGGAUUUGAAGCCUGUCGAACCUGAGCGACGACAAUGGGGUCCCUGGAACUUUGUCGGUUUCUGGAUUGCUGACUCGUUCAAUAUCAACACUUGGAUGAUUGCUGCGUCUAUGAUCAGCGGUGGUGGUCUGGCGUGGUGGCAUGCCUGGUUGUGUGUCUGGAUUGGCUACUUCAUUGCUGCCAUGUUCAUUUGUUUGACCGGUCGCAUCGGUGCCGUCUACCAUAUCUCCUUUCCCGUUGUCGCUCGUUCUUCGUUCGGCAUCUGGGGUUCGUUGUGGCCCGUCUUCAACCGAGCAGCCAUGGCAUGCAUUUGGUAUGGUGUUCAGGCUUACAUUGGCGGUCAAUGCGUGACCUUGAUGAUCAGGGCAAUCUGGCCUUCCUUCAAUGACAUUCCCAACGGUAUCGAAGGCUCAGGCACCACCACAAGAGACUUUGUCGGAUUUUUUCUGUUCAGUUUGGGAUCUCUCCCAGCUAUCUGGUUCCCCGUGCACAAGAUCCGUCAUCUUUUUACUGCAAAGGCCUACUUUGUUCCAGUGGCUGGCAUAGCCUUCUUCAUCUGGGCGGUUGUCCGUGCCAAAGGCAUUGGCCCGAUUGUUCGACAACCCGCAGAAGCCUCAGGAUCUAGGCUGGCAUGGGGUUGGAUCUCUGGCAUUAUGUCUUCCAUUGCCAACUUCGCGACACUCAUCGUCAACGACCCGGAUUUCAGUCGUUUUGCAGCCAAGCCACGAGAUGCCUUGUGGUCUCAGCUCUUCACCAUCCCCAGCGGCUUCGCUGUGACAUCCUUCAUCGGCAUCAUAGUUUCUUCAUCCUCCAUGGUCAUCUACGGCACCGCCAUCUGGAACCCUCUGGACCUACUAUCCCAGUUCCUGCUCGACAAUGCCAACAGCGGUGAACGAUUCGGCGUUUUCGUCAUUGCUGCGGCUUUCGUUCUCGCUCAGUUGGGAACCAACAUUGCCGCCAACAGUGUUUCCGCCGGAACUGACUUGACUGCUCUGUUUCCUCGAUUCAUAAACAUCCGUCGUGGUGGAUAUAUCUGCGCCUUGGUCGGUUUCUGUAUGUGUCCCUGGAACCUGCUGAGUUCGUCCAACAACUUUACCACAUACCUUUCGGCCUAUUCAGUCUUUCUGUCCUCGAUUGCUGGCGUCCUUAUCUGCGACUACUACUUCGUCCGCAAGGGUUACUUGGUUUUGAAGGACCUGUAUUCUGCCCGCAAGGACGGCCCAUACUACUACUUCCACGGUUGGUCCUGGCGCGGUUACGCUGCCUAUAUCUCAGGCAUCUCCAUCAAUAUCGUCGGCUUCGUCGAUGCUAUUGGAACCAACGGUCCUAUGCCCAUGGGCGCAGUCUACCUCUACCGCUUCAACUUCUUCACCGGCUUCAUCGUCAGCAGCGGUGUUUACUAUCUCCUUUCGAGAGUCAAGCCCCUACCAGCCACCAGCGGUGUCUGGUUGGAGAAGCCCGACGAGGCCGAUCGCCAGUUUUCUGUUGUUUACACCGAUGCCGAAGGAUACGAUGAGGAAAGAUCUGGUGGUACUGAUGUCGUCUAUGGCAAAGAUGAUGGCGCCCCAGAGAAGUCGGCUGUGUAUGUCAACAAGGCUGAUGGAGAUAGAUGAGUUAACUUAUAUCAAGUGAGAGUGGCAAGGUCAGUCAGUCAAGGGAAUUCGGACUAGGGCCUGACGCAAAGCAACGCAGCUGAGGAUGUUGAUUUUGAUGACGACGAUGAUGAUAAUACCCUGGGAGGAAACGUAUGCAAGACGUGCUCAAUUUCGUAGACGUUUAGUUUUUCGGUACCAACAAUUUAAC